AUGGAGCUGGAGCCACCGCGCCGGCCUCAACAUCGAACAUCUGGCGCCAGCAGCCAGAUUUCCUUCGCCACUACCAAUGAUGCCCCGCGAGCAACUGCAAGCGUGGCUUCGUUGAGCAACAAGUCGGACAACAAGUCCUCCACUGGUUCAACAACAAGAGAGACUGUGAGAAAGCCUUCCAAAGCGGAGGUGAAGGAUGCCAGGCCCCGGCCCGCGAAAUGGUACGUGAAGUGCUCGGGCCGUCUGGUUGAGAACACAGCCUUUAUUAGUCUCACAACGAUUCUGACUAUCUACGCCCUGACCGGGGAUGACCUGCGAGUGCUUCUAACGGAGAAGCCUGCAGACAACUAUUUCAAUGGUAUGGUCUUGGCUUGCUUAGCCAUUUUCACGUUCGAGAUUUUCAUUUCCGUCCUGGGCAAGGCCGACUACUGGCUUGGAUUCUUUUUUAUUUUGGACGUUGUUUCCACCGCCACAUUGGUGCUCGAUUUGACGUGGGUGAACGAAGCAGCUUUCGGCGGGACCACAAACACAGAUACGUCUGAAGAGGGCGAUACCCUGCGAAGCGGCAGGACGGCGCGGGUUGGCGCCAAAGCCGCACGGAUGAUCCGCGUGCUUAGAUUGGUCAGAAUCCUGAAGCUCUACAAAGCCUACUACGAGGCCGACCGAGAGCGCAAGCGGCGGCGGCAGGCCGCACUGCAGGGAAAAAACAAAGAGAAUGAUGAUGAUGAGUGGGACGAGGAAGAUGUGGUCCAAGCAGAUGCCGCCGUAUCUGCCGAGAUGCAACAUCAAGAGUCCACGCUCGGCAAGAAGUUGUCUGAGAUGACAACCCGCCGGGUGAUCAUCCUCAUCUUGGUCAUGCUGAUCCUUAUGCCGCUUUUGCAAAAGGAUGAGAUUGACCAGCUCCCUGUUUCCACUGCGUACGGCUCAAACAUAGUGAUGAAUGCUUUUCAGGACUACUUCAACUCGAAUGUGUCCAUGCAAAAUGCCUCUUCACGAGCCUUCUACCAGCAACAGAUGCUCCACUUUGUGUACUAUCACAACUGGUUUGCUGGGACUGGCUUGAACAAGUACUGCCCGUACAGCAGCACCAACCUGUCCUGCUCAAGCGCAUUUUGGGGCCAUCUAUACUUUGUUGGCCUUCGUGGGCGAAACCUUGCCGCUGUGGACGCCAAGGCCGCUGCGGCGCAGCUCGAUCUUGAUACCGUGGCUGCCUUCGACCAGGCUUCGCGAAAUGGGUACUUGGCCUCCUACAACUAUGGCGUCAUGCCGUCGCAGGUGCAGACCUUCCUCUCCGGAGAGUGGACCAACAACUGCGGCACACCAGAGUCGCCGCUGCUAGGCGUUUCACUCCUUGCCGAAGAUGUGAACGGCGACGUCUCUUAUCCCGUGUUGUGCCCGCAGGACCUUCGUGCGACAGACUAUUCGGUUGUCAUCCCACUAUGGCAGACACGAGCGCAACGAAAUGAGUGGCGUUUCGAGUUCUUCUUUGACAUUCGGAUAUACAACAAAGAGGUCGCCUAUUUCAGUCUGGCUACGACGGGGAUCGUGCUGGUCCUGCUCUUGACCGGGUCUCUCAUGUUCUCCCGUGAUGCCAACCGGCUCAUCGUCAACCCGGUGGAACAAAUGAUCCACAAAGUCAAAGCCAUUCGUGACAAUCCAUUGAUUGCCAUGAAGAUGGCAAACGAAGAGUUCAAGCUGGAGGAGAUCAAGAAAUCCCGACUGCGCAGACAAGGCUAUUUUCUGAGCGCCGAGCUCUCGGAGGCCAGCCCGGCGCCCCAGCCGACGCCGAAGGCCGAGCCUCGCUGGUUUCUCAGUGAGGGUGGAGAGGAGCCCUCCGUGGACUACUACGGGGAAGAUUCUGACCCGGAUGAUGAAGCCCUGCAAGCUGCACAUCAGUUGCGAGAGGCUGCUGUACAGCGAGCACGUGAAGCUGGCGACACAGAGGUCUCAGCUGGUGAUGCUCUGCAAGCACUGAUGAAAGAGGCAGAAGAAGAGAAAGCUCCCUACAAGGAGCCAGAUGAAACUACGAAAAGAAUGGUGCAGGCCAUCGCCAAGGAUGAUUUCGAAGAGUGUGAGGACGCUCUGAUGCAGGGAGCGGACGUCAACGCCGACUGCGGUGCCGGCAUGUGUGCCCUCCACAUGACGGCUCUGAGAGGAGAGAUGUUCUUGACGGAGCUUCUGAUUGCCCAUGGUGCAAAACUUAACCAGCGAGACUUGAGCGGCAACACCCCGCUGCUUUAUGCCUGCCACUUCUACCGGCAGCAUGGGCGAGGGGUCGAGUUGUGCGCCCAGCUGCUCUUUCACAAGGCUGACCCUCACUACCGGGUGAAGGAUGGGAAGCUCGCGGGGAAGAGUGCGCUGGAGCUGAUGGAGAAGGCAUGUUUGGAGCCGAACACGGACGAGAGUGUGCCGCGGCAAAUGCGUGCCAUGAUCCAGCUUGCGCUGGAUGGUUCCGAGACCUCCAUCGAGGCCAUCACGAAAAUGUGGAUCUCCAUUAAGUCGGACAAGAAGAACAAGAAGCUUUUCCAAGUCUCCUCGAAGAGGGACAAUUUUGAGUAUGCGGUGAAGAGUGUGGCUUGGGAGCUGCCUGAGAACGUGAAGAACACUCAAGGGUAUGCACCCGUGAAGUUGGACGUGCAGGCCACCAGCCUCAUGGAGGAGCGCUUUACAAUUCUUCAGGACUACUUGUUCAACGAUGAGGGCGAGAAAGUGAAGGUGUACAUCACUUUCCCCGAGCCGGCAGUCAGCAGUUUAAGCAAGAAGGAGGCGCUGGAGGUCAGCUUCGAGUACCAAGCUUUUGAUCUCAAGCUGCGAACAGGCCAGGAGAGCUACCGUCUGCGGAUCGAGCCCCUCUACGGCUCGGUGGAGGUGGACCAGUGCAAGUAUCGUGCAUCCGAGUCCUCCAAGAAGGCAAGCAAGGAAGGACCAAUGGAGACGGUGAUCUUGGAAAAGACCAUUGUUAAGUUGGGAUCCCUGCUGGCUCUCGGCUUUGGUGAGGCGGGCGCGAAUAUCAUCUCGCACAACAUGAAAGGCUCCGACACCGCGGGCGUGAACGCCGUAGUUCCUGGCCUUCGCGUGGAUGCCGUAAUCGGCGUGUGCAGAGUGCUGGAUUUCAGCAUUGCCACGGAGGUUCUCCAAGGACGCAUCAUGACCUUUGUCAACCAGAUCGCAGAGAUCAUCCAUGGUGUCGCUGAUGAGUUCUACGGAGCACCGAACAAGAACAGCGGCGAGCAGUUCCUCGUCAUUUGGCGCAUGGACAACAACGCCCAGGCUUUCGAGCGGAGGAGGAUAGCGGAGAUGUCGAUCGUUGCUUUCUGCAAGAUCCUAGGUGCUCUCCAUCGCUCAGCGCUUCUGGCAGAUUACCGAUCGCAUCCUGGAUUGCAAUAUCGGCUCUCCAGAAACGGUCAGCUUUCCUCUCAGACACGGGUCAACCUGAGCUUUGGCCUGCAUGCUGGCUGGGCUAUUGAGGGUGCCGUGGGCAGCGAGUUCAAGAUCGAUGCUUCAUACGUCUCCCCGAACGUCAGCAUUGCAUCGAGCGUUGAACGCUGCACUCAGGUCUACGGUGUAUCUGUCAUCGUGGCGCAAAGCUGCAUGGAGCUUUGCUCACCAGAGUUGUUGGCGAAAAGCCGACUGAUUGACCGCGUCCUCAUCACCGGUUCGCCAACACCAAUGCAGCUCUAUUGCGUGGACCUGGACUACUACAGUCUGGAAGUGGACAAUUCGCCGGCGCCACAAGUUCCUCUAAAUACGAAGAACCGCUACCGAGCACGGCAGUUCAUCGAGUCGCAGAAGGUGCAGAAGCUGGGCAAGGACUUCCAGAUUGUCAUGGCUUUCGAGGAAGAUCCGGCAAUUCACGCGAUGCGACAGAGGUACACCGUUGACUUCUUCCAGCUGUUCAACAUGGGGUACCAAAAUUAUGCACAGGGUGAGUGGCUCGUGGCUCGACGCAUGCUGAUGGAAACCAAAGACUUGCUUGGCGUGGAAGACGGCCCAUCAGUGGCUCUCCUUCGCUACAUGGAGGAUCCGCAUCAGUUCGAGGCACCGAAGGACUGGCACUCCAUGAGGGAUCUGUGCCAGCCCCGAGGGAGAUGUGGUAACGUGGGGACCCGGGGAACGUGGAAGUGA